AUGUUAAGGCCACUACCCAAAUUCGGGGAGUGGGAUGUGAAUAAUCCAGCCUCGGCCGAUGGAUUUACUGUGAUUUUUGCAAAGGCAAGAGACGAAAAGAAGUCUAAGGGCACUGCUGCAAGUACAGCCCCACCACCGAGUAUUGAUACGACUCAAACACAACAAUAUUUCGAGGACCAAAACAAGGUCGGCGACAGCGGAGGAGGAUUUUUGGGGGGCCGCGGAGAUGAUGAACUCCAAAUCGGAGGAGGAGGCGUGGUUAGAGGAGGAUGGAAGUGUGUAGGAAUUGGUGGCCGGGUUGUGGCGCUUUUGUUGGUGCUGGGCCACGGUGGCGGCAGGCGGUGUGGCUAG